UAUCCACUUAAAAAAAAUAGAGAAAAAUUUACUUUGAAAUCCCUGUAAAAGUUAAAUAAAUGGUAAUUGCGUCACGGUGUCUCUUUGCAGGCUAUCAAUCAUACGCUCCGUAGCUGACAGUUGACACUGCGGAAUCGCAUCAAAGGACUAGAAUAAAUUAUUAAAUUUAGUGAUUGUGGCGUUGCAAAAAAUCUAAACAAUGACCAAUAUUUCGGUAGGUCAAUAACAACAAGAAAAUGGGUGACUUAAAAACUUUAACCACGAUUAAAUGCAACCAGCAAGCUAUUCGCGCUGUCAGGUUUAAUGUAGACGGCACAUACUGCCUCAGCUGUGGUGCAGAUAAAAAAAUCAAACUUUGGAAUCCUCAUCGCGAUCUCAUGCUCAAAACAUACGGCGGACACGCCAACGAAGUGUUAGACGCGGCAGGAUCUUGCGACAGCAGCCACAUCGUCUCAGCCAGCGUCGAUAAAUCAGUUAUUCUAUGGGACGUUACUACAGCGCAACCAUUACGUAGGUACAGACACCAUGCAAGUUCAGUGACCUGUAUUAAAUUCAACGAAGAGUCAACUAUGGCUGUGUCCGGAUCGGUAGAUAACACCGUCGCGUUUUGGGACAUUGUCAGUCGUAGACAAGAGCCAGUGCAAGUUCUUAGAGAUGCAAAGGAUUCUAUCACAUCCCUCCAAGUUACAGACCACGAAAUUCUGACAACCUCCGUUGAUUCUCAUGUUAGAUUAUAUGAUAUUCGGAUGGGGAAAAUGAUUUCCGACUAUAUUGGACAUAUUGUAACAUUUGGGAGUUUAACAAGAGACGGUCAAUGUUACAUACUCAGUUGCACGGAUAAUUCAAUAAAACUUUUUGAUAAGGACAGCGGGGAACUUUUGAAUACAUUUUCAGGGCAUGAAUGUAAGGAUUUGUUACUAGAAAAUGCUGUGAACGAAAAAGACAGUCAUAUUAUUUCAGGUUCUGCAACCGGAGAGAUAUUCUAUUACGAUCUAAUAAGUAGUAGUAUUAGUAAAAAGUUGGUUCAUUUCAAUGGGAAAGCUGUAGUAUCCUUGAGUCACCAUCCCACGGACAACUAUUUACUAUCAGCUUGUGAAGACGAAAUCAAAUUAUGGGGGGUGAAAUCCUUGGACGAAUAAAAAUGUUAAUUAUUAA